CACCCAUUUCAUAAAACCGGAAGACAAGCUGCCCGAUACCAGUCUGGGUAACAUGUAAACACGACAUAUCAAGGGAAGGCGUUAAUAGGACAGAGAGUAUCAUCGACAGUUGGACAGAAAACUUCUGUGUUUAUUUCUCGGCUUUUCUUCCACUUCGCCGCGAACGAAGCAGUUUUUGGGUUAUUUUUGUUUUAGCUCGCUAAGUUAGCCUCUUUGCUAACUUUAACGUCCGUCAGGGUCGUAAUUCUCUCACAGCUGGUUUGGUUGCGCAAAAAAGAAGAAGAAGAAGGAAAAAAGGGGGCUAGCGACUCAGCUCGGUUUAAACCUCCGUUAACGUUUCAUCAUGGGAUCCAGGGCGUCCACGUUACUCAGAGAAGAGGAGAUUGAAGAAAUUAAGAAGGAGACCGGCUUCUCCCACAGUCAAAUAACUCGCCUGUACAGCCGCUUCACCAGUCUGGAUAAAGGUGAAAACGGCACCCUCAGCCGAGAAGAUUUCCAGAGGAUCCCAGAGUUGGCCAUUAAUCCUUUGGGAGACAGAAUCAUCAAUGCCUUCUUCCCUGAGGGAGAGGACCAGGUGAACUUCAGGGGCUUCAUGCGGACCUUGGCUCACUUCAGACCAAUUGAGGACAAUGAGAAGAACAAGAACGCGACAGCCAGCGAGCCGCUCAACAGCAGGACAAACAAACUGCUCUUCGCUUUCCGUCUGUAUGACCUGGACAGAGAUGACAAAAUCUCUCGGGAUGAGCUGCUGCAGGUCUUGAGGAUGAUGGUUGGUGUGAACAUUUCAGAUGAACAGCUCGGCAGCAUUGCUGAUAGGACCAUCCAGGAGGCUGACACGAACGGAGAUAACUCCAUUUCCUUCAAUGAAUUCAUCAAGGUCUUGGAGAAGGUGGAUGUGGAACAGAAAAUGAGCAUCCGGUUCCUGCACUAAGUUUCUUUUUCUUCUUCUUUUUUUUAUUUUGAGUGGAGCUUCAACAAGUCAGUUGAUGUCAGGACGCAACCUCAUCCAGCUUCUCAGCAGGCUGCUGUGGCCCACACACCAAGUACACACUGUCAGACCAAGCAUUACGUAGAUAAUGUCAUAGAUCUUGAGUUUCUACCUUUGCACUGCUCUGUAAACAAAGGGAAAAGUUGUGUGCCUUGGGUUGUUUUAUGCAAUGUCGCUAUGUAUUUCCAAGUAACAUUAUUUAUUAGAAAACUUGUAGAGAGUCACAGUUGGUGCCACUGCUGUUCCACUUUUCACAUAAAUAUGAUUUAUAGUACAGUAUGGUAAAGCUUUUCACUCAUACUGUUCCAUGCAUAUUUAGCACAUGCUGCUGUGUCUUUGUCUGUACAAAUAUGCAAUAGUUCAAAGCGAAACUUGUAAGAUGUGUGAUGCCACUUCAAAACAGACAGUGUUUUUAAUGCUAACAUGAUCUUAUGACUCCUUUUCUUUGACUUGUGGCAGAGCAAGUCAGACCAGCCAGCCCUAAAUUUGUCCCUUGAAGCAAAGCAGGACCUUACUCACUGAAGUGCCAUGGUUUUGGUUCUCCUUUGUGAGUUAUUAUCUCAACAGUAAACAGGAACCAAUGGCCAUGUUUGUGUUUUGUUUUUCGCAUGGGUUAACCUAGCUACUUCCAGUUGAUUGUAAUUACCUAUUUCAAUUGUUGGACUAAAACCAAAGCAAGUUUGACCUUCUUUCAAAGGCGGUAACCCCCUGAGGCCUGUUGGAACAUCACUGAGUCAUUGUGUUUAUAAUAUUGUAUUUUAAGAACUGGUUAUUCAUUUACAACUAAAACUGUGGUGUUUAGAAGGAACAUUUCACACAAAAUGCUGCCAUCUCUUUGGCUAGCAUGUAAGUCUUCCCUUGCACCUGUUCUGAGAGGUAAAAAUGGUACGUUUGCAAAACGGUAUAAGGAUUUAACUGCCACUGUGGCCUGCUUUAAAAAGUUUUCCCCCCUGAAUGAGAAAUAAAGCCCUGGCUAACAGUGUCAGGCCCUGUGGUGGAAAUUGGGCUGUGGAACGGUUAGUUUGUAGACUUAGACCAGGUAAACUCACAAUAACGUGCUAUGCCUCUGUCUAUAUGAUCAGUCUUGCUGUGGCAAAGAAAAAAUGUGUUUGUUUUAUGCACUGAUCGACAUUUGUUGUGCAUUUCCUUUUGCCAUUGACUACUUCCAUCUGAUAAAAGAGAAUCAAAUGCGUUAAUAUAUAUUUUCUGUACAGGCUAGUCUACAUGAAUUGGAGUGGAAAUGUCUGACCCUUUAAUCUUUAAUGUGAAUUUGUUAAAUCAUUACAAGAACACCCUCCAGCAGGAAAGUGAGUGCAGGAAAUUAAGCUCAACCAUUUUGUCAAUCAUUAUGUGAUUAUCAAUCAGAUAUGAUUCAUAUGUAAUGUGAUGUUGGUCUAGGUAUUAUCAAAGUGAUUCAUGAAUUUGAUUUGAAUAAAAUAAGUGCCAUGCUU